UCAUCUCCCGUAGUCCCCACCAUACUCGAAACAAUCAGCCUCUCCUCCACUUGGCAACUCUUCAACCACAACGCGCGCAGGCAGCGGAUGGCCGGCACCGGGUCCGGGUUCGUGCCGGACAAGGCGCUGCACGCCCUGGGCUUCGAGUACACCCUCGUCACCGGAGACGAGGUUGUCGGCCGCCUCGCCGUCACCGACACCUGCUGCCAGCCGUUCAAGAUGCUCAACGGCGGCGUGUCGGCGCUGAUGGCGGAGUCGGCGGCGAGCAUCGGCGGGUACGUGGCGUCGGGCGGCAAGAGGGUGGCCGGCGUGCAGCUCUCCAUCAACCACGUCCGCGCCGCCCGCCUCGGCGACCGCGUCGAGGCCCGGGCCAAGCCCGUCCACGCCGGCCGUACCAUCCAGGUUUGGGAGGUCCAAAUAUGGCUAAUGGAUCCUACAACUUCGGAGCGCACAACUUUGGUGUCAACAGCAAGGGUCACCCUAUCAGUUAGCAGGCUGCCAAUGCCAGAGCAGAUGAAGAGCUUUGAUGAAGGCAUCAAGAAAUACGCCAGACUGUAGGGAGCGCAAUAUGUUGCAAUCCAACCAAAAUUAAGUACAGUAUUAUAAAUUUUAAAUGUAUGUGUAGAAGAGCUUUGGGUCAUUGUGCAAUAUGGUAUUUUCAUCA